UCCGGUGUUGUUCUGUGCAGUUGGGCGACUUGACGCAGCUGUAAAUGGGACAUAUGAAGUUCAUUUUCUACAGCUGGUGAUGGCGGAUGUUGUUGAAAAAGACACCAUGAAGAAUUACCACAUAGCGUCUGAGAAAAUUAACCCAGCGGCCAGUCGCUAUCCUUACUGUAUUGUGUGGACACCCAUCCCCGUGUUAUCAUGGCUGCUUCCAUUCAUUGGCCACAUGGGAAUCUGUACUUCCACUGGUGUCAUCCGGGACUUUGCUGGACCUUACUUUGUCUCAGAAGACAACAUGGCUUUUGGAAGACCAACAAAGUACUGGAUUCUUGACGUGAGCAAAGUCUACGCUAGUGGCUCCAAUGCCUGGGACACAGCGGUGCACGAUGCUUCAGAGGAGUAUAAGCACAGAAUGCACAACCUCUGCUGUGACAACUGUCACUCACAUGUCGCCAUGGCUCUCAAUCUGAUGCGAUAUGAAAACAGCACCUCUUGGAACAUGGUCAACCUCUGCCUCCUUGCUCUGAUCCAUGGAAAACAUGUGAGCUGUGUAGGCUUUCUGAAGACCUGGCUGCCUUUCUUGAUGCUGAUGGCCAUCAUCCUAACAGUGACCCUGGCCAUCAACCUGCGGUGACCUGGGGAGCCAGGUUCAGGACACGGUGGAACCCCCCCGCAGGUCCAAAGUGGGGCUGACCUUUUAAACAACAAGGGGGAGGGGGGAAUCUCACACUUUCGAGCAAAAAGUAUUCAAGGGCGUGAAGACUAAUUUCCUCCGAGAGAAGAUUGGUGGGCAGGAAUGUGAAACCCAUACCAACACAUGCUUGGCUUUGUGGGGAGCAAGCAGCCUGUUAACUGGCACAACUCCGGUAUGUGAAGCUGGGAUGUCCUCGUUAUGGAACUGCAUUUCUAUUGAGUCAUUUAUUUCAGGAGAAGUGACUGAACACACCACCAACCACGCUAACAGGCGUAAUGGAUUAUGACUAUUGACAGCCUAACAGCAGGGUUAAGCCAUCGCCUCCUGCAAAGUGUAGAAGCUGCAUUGCCAGUUAAAUGGAGGAACAUACUAACUGUUGAAUUCUCCGAAGGAACACAUUCCUGCCUUGCUUUCCGAUUUUAAUGAUCUUACAAUAAUGGAUUGGGAGUGUAACCCCAGGAUCCCAGUGCUCCUAGAAUGCCAUUUUUUUUAUACUGGGCAGCACAAACAUAUUAAGUCGAUUAGAUGCCUUUCUAGGGAAUUUAUUGCAUUUCAUGCUUUAUCUAGUGUAGGUCUUCUACAAUACUGCGACUUAAAGCGGAACAUGCCAGAGUAGUUUGUAUUUUUGUGCAUUUUCUUAAUUCGAUAGGGUGUCAAAAAAUCAGCAUCUUCUAAAAAGAAAUAUUUUCUCAGAGAUAUGUUGUACAUGUAUCACCUCAUGGUACUAUAAUAGGUUUACAACAAAUGUUUUCAAACCUCUAUCUACAGAUCAGCUGGGCACCGAUUGUAGCAACCUCAGUGAAUGUGGCUGUGGAAAAUACCCAGAGAAAGCAACAAAAUAGUUGAGCUACUGGUUUUCUAGACUUGUGCCAAAUGGAGGAGAAUGGAAGACCAAGUCAAACUGUAUCCUUGAAUAUCUAGCUCGUUAUUUGGUGGAACAGCUCAUUGGUGAGCCCAAAGCCUGUUAAUGGAUCAGAGUCAGGAAACUUGGUCUGGUCUUUUUGUUCAGGACAUUUUUCAUUAGAGAUAUUGACUUUAUAGGAAGAAGCAGGAGUCGGUGCCUAAAAAAAAAAAAGAGACCUCUCCCACAUAUCCUUUUUAUAUAUUAUAUUUUAAUUUUGUGUUAUUUUUGA